GCCGCAACCUCCGGCGGCUUUGGGCUCUGCUAGCCGAGGGUGCCGAAUGAAGACCGCUCUGUGCGCGACACCGUCGCCAUGACCGUCUGUCAGUUCUUCCUUCAAGGCCGGUGCCGCUUCGGAGAUCGGUGCUGGAACGAACAUCCCGGCGCCGGGGGUGCGGGCGGCGGACGGCAGCAGCAGCAGCAGCAGCCCUCAGGUAGUAACAGACGAGGAUGGAAUACUACCAGCCAGAGAUAUUCCAGUGUCAUCCAGCCAUCCAGUUUCUCCAGAUCCACACCAUGGGGGGGCAGCAGAGAUCAAGAAAAGCCAUCUUUUGCUGCUUUUGAUGCUGGAGCGUCAGCUAGCAGUAACAGGGGGUUUGGAUCGUCCCAGAACCCAUUUGCUUCCCCUAGCUCUGAUGAGCAAAAAGAGGAAAAGAAACUCCUGGAAGGAAUUGUAAAAGACAUGGAGGUUUGGGAAUCAUCAGGGCAGUGGAAGUUUUCUGUUUACUCACCGGUGAAGAAGAAACCUAAUAUUUCAGGUUUUACAGACAUUUCACCAGAGGAGUUGAGACUUGAAUACCAUAACUUCUUAACCAGCAAUAACUUACAGAGUUAUCUAAAUUCCAUCCAACAGUUGAUAAAUCAGUGGAGGAACAGGGUAAAUGAACUGAAAAGUCUAAAUACAUCAACUACAAUCGCUUUGCUCUCCAAUAUAAUGGGUGGAGCAAAUCAAGCAGCGCCUGCAUUUGGAUUUGGCAAUAGGCAGGCAGUAACAUUUGGGUCACCAGGUUUUCCAGUGAAUAACAACAGCAGUAACAGUGCUCAGAAUUUUAGUUUUAAAACAAGCUCUGGAUUUGCUCCUGCCCCUUCUGGAAGCCCUUCUGUGUUUGGGAAUACGUCAGCAUUUGGAGCUGGACCCUCUGCCAGUUCUACCAUCACUGCUUCUACUCCAACUUUUGGACUCAGGAAACCCGAAAUCACAUCUGCUGCUUUGUUUUCAUUUAAAAGCCCUGCGGCUUCUGGUUUUGGAUCGUCCGGAUUUUCAGGAUUUCCAGCUUCUGUGGCAGCAGACCCUGUUGGAUCUCCAGUGGCCCCAGCCUUUGGAAGCUGCAAUUCUACGGCUGGUUUUGGUGGUCCAAGCUCACAGUCUCAUGCUGCUUUUUCGAAGUCAUCCAGUGACACCUUUGGAAACAGCAGCAUAUCCACCUCUUUCUCAUUCUCAGUUGGCAGCACCACAACAGAUAAUGUAUUAUUCACACCCAAGGAUCAACUAACAGCAGCAGAACUGGAGCAAUUUCAAUCCAAGAAAUUUACUCUGGGAAAAAUUCCAUUAAAGCCACCACCUGUGGAACUUCUAAAUAUUUAAAAGGGCAAUUUUAAAUACAGAAAAGAACAGCUUUUAAAA